UUUAUCGUAGAGUGUUAUAAAAAUCAAAAAAUGUUAUGUGAUAUUUGCAACACUUGGAUGUCAAGGACUCAAUAUAUGCUACAUCGUGCUUCAGACAAAUGUAAAUCUUCAUUGUUAGAUGAUUCUAGAACAGUUGUAUCUGAAGUAACUGUUGAUAAAAUGGAAGUCGUAGUGUAUGAGGCAGAAAUUAUGGAGGAUAGAGGAGAUAUUGUUUUAGAUGAGUCUGUCACAACACUUCAACCUUCAAUGGACGAAGAUGUCUUAAAGAGUAGAGUGGAUGUGGUGGAAAAUGGAGAAGAAAUUGGUAUAUCUAUUAUGUAUAUUUUAUAUAACAUAUAAAUUAUAUGUAUAACAUAGGUUGUACCGUGUUCUGUACUUAA